UUUAAUCAUUAACAUGGUCAAAAUAAUAGCAGCGCUGCUGCUAGUUGGACUGGCUAUGGUCAGUUCUUUGGAGCUGGAAUUCGAUGAAAUCGAUUCCCUAGACAGCUAUGAACAAUUUAUGGAACUGCGUCCGCUUGCCAUGGAGUUCUCACAUUACUUCAGGAAUAUAACUACAGCAGACUUAAAUAUGCCUAGCACGCGUGAGCCCAGCCAGCAGGAUUUCAACUGUUUGGCUGAUAUGAUUCAGCUGAUGAGUGGGCUUAGCUCGAGAAGCAUGUGGGCCUUAAAGAUGUUAGAUGCAUGGGGCACAUUCCCCAAGGGUGUACUUUAUGGCAACCAAAUAGACUUUGGCAACUACGAUGAGUGCAUUGGGAUUAACAAGGCUAUUAGUGAUGGUCACACUAUUAAGGGCAAAUAUUGUUUUGCUGGCUUGCCCAUAGCCAAGCUAGGCAUUAGUCUAAGGACCGCUGUUUGCUUUCCCGCCUCCUGUACCGCAACGGAUAUGAAUAAAUUUCUACAGCCACUGCUGGAGAAACUAUUAAAUAUCAAAGUCACUAAGCCCUUGGUCACAGAAGCCACGUGCAGAACAAACGAGCGGGUAGAGCUCGAUGGUCUAACUAUAUUUACUAUUGUUAUACUCUCACUGCUGCUUGCUGCCGUCGUUUUGACAACAAUCUACGAUUAUUUCUUCUGUGAAGAUGAAAAGCAACUGCCGGCCUUGAUUAAGAUCUUUUCAGCACGCGCCAAUUCCCGGGUGCUGUUUCGCCUCGUUCAGCCCAGGUCGAAUCCAAAUGUUAUCGAUUGUCUCAAUGGCAUGCGCUGCAUGUCCCUCAUCUGGGUACUGUUUGGCCACCAAUACCUCUUCGCCUUGAUGGCGCCGAAUAUCAACCAAUAUCAAUUGAAAUGGUGGUUCGAGAAGCCCUUCUCAAGCUUUGUGCUACAUGCAGCCUUCUCUGUGGACACAUUCUUUUUCCUCAGUGGCCUGCUGCUGGUUGUGAUUUCGAUGCGUUCUCUCGAAAAAACAAAGGGUAACCUGAAUAUUCCUAUGAUGUAUCUCCAUCGCUAUUUGCGCCUGACUCCCGUCGUGGCUCUGGCCAUACUGGUCUAUAUGACCCUAUUACCAUUUAUGGGUGAUGGCCCUCUAUUCAACAGCAUUAAGUUCGAUGACUAUAAUCAUUGUAAGAAGACUUGGUUCUGGACUUUACUGUUCCUACAAAACUAUGCGACGCCAGAUCUGUGCAUCAAUCACAGCUGGUAUUUGGGUGUGGAUAUGCAGCUAUAUAUACUCUCUCCCAUAUUUCUGAUAUCCUUGUACAAAUGGGGCAAGAAAGCUGCUGCUGGAAUCUUUGUUUUUAUGCUUAUGCUCUCCGCUUGCCUCUUCAGCACAAUGAUGAUUAAGAAAUAUCCCAUUCAUAUGGAAAUUGGCCUCACUCCAGACCUCGCUCAACGUAAGCUCUACUAUGCCACCCACAUACAUGCAGCUCCCUGGCUGAUCGGCGUACUCUUUGGAUAUUUCCUGCAUGUGAGUCGCAGCCAGAACUUUCAGCUGAAUCGCAUUAAGGUCUGGUUGGGUUGGAUCAUCAGUUUGGCUUUGAUAUUCACGUGCAUAUUUGUGCUAUAUCCAUUUGCCAAUUAUCGAAAUCCGCCAUUGAAUAUGCUGGAAGAGGCUCUUUACUAUACGCUAGCCCGCAUAGCUUGGCCGCUCAGCUUGUGCUGGGUGGUCUUUGCCUGCAUGAGAGGCUACGGUGGCUUGGCCAAUAGUUUUCUGUCCUGUCCGCUGUGGCAGCCGCUGUCAAGGAUCUCCUACUCUGCCUAUGUUUUUCACAUUUUCAUACAACAACUCAAUGGUCGACGCAUGCGAACGGGCACAUUUUUCUCCAACUACGAUGUGAUGCUACUUUUCUGGAGCGGCUUUGGCUUUGUCUUACUGUUGUCUUACGUGGUCUACAUCAUGAUGGAGGCACCUUUCGGUGUGCUAGAGAGCAUGUUUAUCUCCGGAAAGAAGCCCAAAUCGAAGCCAGAGCCACCAAUAGAGCAAACUGCUAAUAACAACAAAGCUGAGCCGGAGCAGAGUUGA